CACCCUCCAAACCAUUUCAUACAUCUUCAUCAAACAUGGCAAUGAGCAACAACGUGAUCGGAGCCAUCAACUUCAUCGCCAUGUUGCUCUCCAUCCCAAUCAUCGGAGCCGGCAUCUGGCUAGCAACCCAGACCGACAACGCCUGUGUCCAAAUCCUACAAUGGCCCCUUAUAGUUUUAGGCAUUUUGGUCUUGGUUGUAGCCAUAGCCGGCUUCAUUGGAGGGUUUUGGCGACUCCAAUGGCUCCUCGUCUUCUAUCUCAUCGCCAUGCUUCUACUCAUCAUCUUGCUCGCAUGUUUGGUCAUUUUCGUCUAUAUGGUAACCAUCAGAGGCUCGGGUCAUCCUGAACCCAGUCGUGCGUUCUUGGAAUACAAACUCGACGAUUACUCAGGGUUUCUUAAACGAAGAGUUAGAAGCAAUUAUAAAUGGGAUAGGAUUAGAACUUGUCUAAGUUCCACCACUUUAUGUGCUCAGUUAAAUCAAAGCUAUCGCAUGGCUCAAGAUUUCUUCGAUGCACACCUUACGCCAUUACAGUCGGGAUGUUGUAAGCCUCCAACUCAAUGCGGGUAUACUUUUGUGAACCCGACAUAUUGGAUUAGUCCCAUAAAUAACGCGGCCGACAUGGAUUGCCUCAAUUGGAGCAACGAGCAAACCGGGCUUUGCUACAGUUGUAAUUCAUGCAAGGCUGGAUUGUUGGAAAACUUGAAGAGGGAAUGGAGGAGAGCGAACAUAAUUUUGAUCAUAACCCUUGUGGCUUUGAUUUGUGUUUAUUUGGUAGGAUGUUGUGCAUUUAGGAACGCUAAAACCGAAGAUCUCUUCCGAAAGUAUAAGCAAGGUUACACUUGACUAAUUAUCGAUCAAACCAAGAACGUAACUUGUUGAACAAGAUGUGAACGUUUCAUGGAACAUGUAGAUCAAGAUAUGUGUAGUUUAUGCAUUAUUGUGAUCGUACCGAGCAGGGUGUGAAUUAGUGCUCCUAAUGAGAUUUGAAUUUAUUUGAGCAAAGUUUGUUUG